ACGAACGAAAACGACGUCAUUGAUUUGACAAAUGGGUAGAAAUGCUGUUGUUCAACGCUGUUUGAUUCUCGCACAUCGACUUGUGCGAGGCGAACCGUAAACAAGUACGAUACCUUACUAACCCCCAUCUUCCCCCUCUCUCCUUUUCCUUUCCCUCUCUCUAUUUUACGCAUUGAAAUUUGAGCUUUUCGAGGAUAUAGCAGCAUCCCCGUGUCUUAACAAAAAAAAAAGUUGGCCCAUCUUCGCAAUUUGGUAUCGACACGCCAUUCUUCUACUCCUACCCCUUUCCUCACAAAAUGCCACCCUAUGGUCUCCCCUCCUACGGAAUAAAAACCCCGCAGUCGUUCUUCAACAGGCAGUUCUCGUCGUACUUUGGCGAUCCGAUCGUUAUCGAGCCAGAUAUGGAUGUGCGCGGGAUGGGAGUGAAUCACGGGUACGAGAGGAACACUGGAGUCGGGGCGUUACCUAUGUACGAGACGAAGCGGGGAGAAAAGAUGUGGGGAAGGGGGAGGAGGUGGAGGUGGAUGGGAGUCGGGGUUGUGGUGCUUGGGGUUGUGGGGUUUGUGCUGGGGAUAUUGGUGGUGCUUGCUGGGAGGGAGAGGGGAGUUUAUGGGGGGCAGUUUCUGGUCAAGUUGAACACGUCGCGUGUUGGACAAGAUAUUAUCCGUUUCGAGCGAGCGUCUUCAUCGGCGGCGGCUGCUACACGAACCGCGACGUCCCGACAGCUACAAUCUACUGCUGCGCCUACUCAGACGACCACAUUGAACCCGUUGGAUUCGCUGAACCCUUUUUCGACUGCGAGUCCGUUGAAUCCUGCGAAUCCCGACAACCCGCUCCAUUCGCUGGCGCCAGCAGUGGAUUCCUUAUUAGGGAAUUUGAUGGAUAGCGUGAAUGAUGGACUUGGCGAUGCGCUGGAUCAGAUUGUUGAGGGGCUGGUGGAUGAGGUGGGCGUUCAAGACUUUUACUACCUUUACUUGAGUGGGAUUUGUGAAGGGAAUUUCGGGAAUGGGACGGGCGUGAAUAAGGACGGCGUUUUGGUGGGGAAGUGCGUGAGCUGGAGUGACGCCUCAGCUAGCUUCCACUCGUCGUUCAAAAACGUCCAGUCUUCCAUCGUCGUCGGACUGACGAAUAUCUCUGUUCCCUUGAUCGCCGACUUGACCCAAGGAAUCGGCGGCGUCUCGUCCACUCUUUCAGGAAUCCGCACCGCUCUUUUUGCUUUCCUUAUAAUUGGCCUCACAACCUCCCUUCUCACAGUACUUUUGGCGAUCCCUUCUGUCUUCUUCCCCGAUUCACGGCUCCUCAUCAUCACCAAUGUGUUAGUAUCGGAUCUUGCAUGCAUAAGCUCGUUCGUCUCGGCUGUGCUGAUCACCACGCUUGUGGUAGUUGUACCUUGGGCGAUUGGCGAUUUGCUGGCGGGCGUGGGAGUGGUGAUGAGUAGAGGAGAGACAGUUUUGGCGUUUCUGUGGGUGAAAUGGGGGUGCUGUCAGAUCAUUGCUGUGUAUUGGACGACUGUUUGGUUUGUGGAGGUCAGGCGAAGCAGUUUCUUCAGGAGAACAAGAACGGGGGACGAGAUUGGGAAUUGGAAGGGGAUUUUAGGCGAAAUACGGAGGGACUUGAAAGGAGCAAAGGAGUUGUAG